UAAUCCAGGGCAAAAGCAGAGGACAGUUGAACCUCAAAACCCCAGUGUCGUUCCACGGAGAUAAAGAAAGAAAAUGCCCUUCGUUUCCCAAACAAGUCUCCAGUCCGAUUACACACUCUUCUCUUCCAACUGCCCCAUUGUCAUAGAUAAUGGUGGAUCCAAUUUCCGAAUUGGAUGGGCAGGAGAGACUGACCCGCGCAUCAUCUUCCGCAACAUCGUUCAGAGGCCGCGUCACAAAGCUACUGGUGAAACUGUAACAAUCGUUGGUGACCAUGAUCCUGCAUUGAUGAAAUACUUUGACUGCACGCGCUCAUCACCUCGCUCGGCUUUUGACAGCAAUGUCGUUUAUCAAUUUGAAAUAAUGGAAUAUAUUCUUGACUACGGGUUUGAGCGCAUGGGCGCAGAUGGAUCACAGGUUGAUCAUCCUGUCCUGAUUACAGAAUGUGUAUGCAACCCAGUUCAGUCUCGCAGUAAAAUGGCAGAGCUUCUUUUUGAAACUUAUGGAGUUCCAUCAGUAGCAUUUGGUGUUGAUGCUGCAUUCAGUUAUAAAUAUAACCAGCAGCUUGGGAUUUGUGAUAAAGAUGGUCUUGUGGUGUGCCCAGGAUUUACCACUACUCAUGUUAUCCCAUUUGUUGAUGGCGAGCCUGUUUAUAAAGCAUGCUGCCGAACAAAUAUUGGUGGGUUCCAUGUCAGUGAUUACUUGAAGCAACUUCUUUCACUCAAAUACCCUCAUCACAUGUCUAGAAUUACAUGGGAAAAGGUUGAAGACUUGAAGAUGGAGCACUGUUAUAUUGCAACGGAUUAUGCUUCAGAAGCUCGAUUAUUUCAGAAAGGGGGCAAGGAAGCUGAAGAUAAAACCAGGUGUUGGCAACUCCCAUGGGUUCCACCUCCAGUUGAGGGUCUACCUUCAGAAGAAGAGAUUGCGAGAAAGGCAGCUAUAAAGGAAAGACAAGGUCAACGAUUGCGGGAAAUGGCUGAGGCAAAGAGAUCUUCAAGGAUAAAUGAACUAGAAAAUGAACUUCAAGGUUUGGAAUUUCUUCUUCAGCAGCUUGGAAAUGUAGAAGAGAAAGACAUUGCAUGUUUCUUGGCGGAGACUGGCUAUGUCUCUAAGCAGGAAAUAGAAUCUUCUCGUGCAAAAGUAAUGCAGUCUUUACGAAAAGCAAAAGGUGAACCAAAGGGUGAACAAGCUGAAACUGAGGAGAAGGUUGAUCCCUCUGCAGCUGAAAAGUAUCCUCUUAUCAAUAUCUCCGACAACAUGCUGACCCCAGAGCAGCUCAAGGAAAAGAAGAAGCAGUUGUUUCUCAAGACCACGUCUGAGGGUCGUCAGCGAGCUAAACAGAAACGCUUUGAAGAAGAAUUAGAACGAGAAAGGCAAAAUCAACAAGAUGAAGAGAAACGCUUGGAGAACCCAGAACUUUAUUUGGAGCAGCUACGUGCUAAACACAGAGAACUUUCUGAAAAAGUUGAGCAGCGGAAACGGCACAAGACAAAUGGAAACCACACAAAUGGAAAUCAUAAUUUAUCUGGAGGUGUUGGUCGUGGUGAGAGAUUAAAUGCUGCCCAGAAAGAAAGAAUGCGCCUCUUAACAACGGCAGCAUUUGAUCGAGGAAAAGGUGAGGAUACUUUUGGUGCCAGAGAUGAAGAUUGGCAACUUUACAAACUGAUGAGCAAAGAUAAUGAUGAGGACGAAGAGGGACCAGAUGCAUAUGAGGCAGAGCUGGCCCGUAUCUCCUCUAGGCUCCAGGACAUAGAUCCAAAUUUUGUUUCCAAAUCAGAAUUAGUACCCUUUCAACCUGUUGUUGAAGUCCCAUCUUUCCGUCCUCUCAGCAAGGAAGAUUUCCAGAUUGUGUUUGGUGUUGAAAGAUUCCGGUGCCCAGAAAUUCUAUUUCAUCCCAAUUUAGUAGGGGUGGACCAGGUAGGUGUGGAUGAGAUGGCUGGGGUUUCAAUAAGGAGGUUGCCAUCUAGGAGCCAAGGUUUAAACGAGCGAAUGACCAAUUCGAUCCUUCUAACUGGUGGGAGCUGUCUCUUCCCUGGUAUUCGUGAGCGUUUAGAAGCUGGAAUCCGGAUGAUUCGUCCUUGUGGAUCACCAAUAAGAGUGGUCAGAGCAUCAGAUCCAGUUCUUGAUGCGUGGCGUGGUGCAGCUGUUUAUGCUGCAUCCUUGCAAUUUCCAGGGCAAACAUUCAGUAAGACAGACUACUAUGAAAAGGGUGAAGAUUGGCUUCGUAGAUAUACAUUGAGGUACACACUAUGAUUAUUUUGGUGAUACCACAUUAAGAAAUGCCUUGGACCUGGGAUGACAUUAAAUACUUAACAAUUUAGACAGACUGCUGAACUCUGGCAGUUCAUGCCCUCAUGCCUUUUUAUGCUGUUGUCAAAUAUUACCACAUAUAUCUACCAAUAUCAUCCUCAUGUCAUUUCUGCUGCUGUCAAA